AUGGCUGAAGCAGACCCCGAAGUUAUCGUGGCCGUUGUGGCUCUCCUCGUGUCUCUGGUCGCUCUAGCAGCUACUUUCAUGCAGGUUAUGCAGCAAUACUAUGCCUCUGCUGCAGGAUACGCUCAAUGUAACGAGAAAGUAAUGGGCAGAUGGGCCCUUACAAAAACCCGUCGUUUCUCAUGGGACGAGCUUCGUUUCGAGGUCGAGUUCGAAGCACCCGUCAUAUUCGUUUCGCCUCCAGACAACAAGAACGGUCCUAUACAGGGAGCCGAGAUCUACUUCCUGGACGGCAGCGACGAAAGUCUCGACAACACUUGGUCCGAGUUGGAUAUCAAUUUCAGAAAAGAAUAUGCAUUAAAGACGAAACGAGAGCGCAUUCACACUGCCGACAAUGAGCGAGCUUCCUGGACACUACUCCUCAGCGCAGUGCAGCGCAUGGAGAACGAGUCGGAAAAGUGGCAGAAGACCCAAUACGGAGAGAUGCACAAACAAAUUGGUCCUCCCAAUGCCCAGGAACAGAAGACCGAUCUUCCCACAGAGCCUCCGAGUUUGUACGAGGCGCAUACCAUGACAGUAGCUCUUCAGCGCAAACGCAAAAGCUGGGACACAAUGCCUGCAACCGUUCUCCGUCCAUACGCGACAACAACUAUAUGCCAUCUAAUCGAGAUGCUGGCAGCCCUGGGUAUCUACUGGAAAGAGUUCGACCGCAGACGUGAUCGCUACCGCGCCGAGGGCAAUGGGUUCAUGGUCCUUGGAGAAAAGGUCGCCGAUCUUGGUUUGAUGUUCACAUUUAGUGUUUACGGCAGGAGUCGCUUCGAGCACAACCGAGUCAUUCCUGUGGAUCAAGUCAAGGAGCUGUGCUUCGGCUAUGUGUCCACCAUUUACAGCGUGACAUUGGACCAGCGACGUCUUCAAUUCCCAGAAGAUGACCCCGAAAACUUGGCUUUCCUCCAAUUGGCAACUCGUGGCGAGAUCUCGCAGACUUUGAUCAAAAUUGGAUGCAAUACCAAUGCUGUUCGUGCUUUCCAGGAUGCUGGCAAACACACAUCGCAUCUAUUUCCUGUAUCGUUUGAGAUCCUUGGUAUGCUGAGUCGCACAUUUCACAUCAAGGACAGCAUGUUUACCCACAUUCCCAACCCAACGUCGGAUCGCUGGGACAAGCAGUCGGUAUCACUGGUCAAAGUGAUGGAGGCUUACUACGAACUUGUUGGUGUAUCACUGUCAGGAGCGCGCCGAAACCAGGUCAUUCUUGAUAAGACCAAGAAACAUAUCGAAAACAUUCUGGAUCACAACAAGGGUGGCAACAUGGCGGAAAGAAUGUUGAUGCUCAAGGCCCUUCAUGAAGCAAUUGACGACUGCGACCAAAUCCUGACGGCCAAGGAGCCUGCUGGUGUCGUCACCCCCUUUGCUGAGCAGUUGGGCAUCAAAGUUCACGAGACCGAGGUCCAACAGAAGCGUCGAGAGAUGGUCCAAGAUGUUCUUCGAUCACACAUCCAAGAGGUUCUGCGUCUUCUCAACGAUGGCGAGGAUCGUUCAUCUGAUGUGCAAUCUUUACAUGCUGAAUGGAGCCCGGCAGCAGCACACCCUCGACCCGAUGGACAACCUAGAGUGACUCCGCUUGGGUUCGAAGAUAUGCACGAAGCCAGUCCGGACGAGCGACAGCACAAAUUUAUGGAAGUCUACUUCCAUGUCAUCCGCGAAAAGGUCGUCCCACGCGCUGCUCGCUCGACAGAUCGACGAACAAGCAUCGGCGGAGCUCCUCCAGGCCACGGUUUCCGAAGAGCAGGUACAGGUAGGACCCAAGCAAGCAGCAUGCGCGGUAUGGAACGAGGCUCGUCUCCACCACCGCCCAUGCCAGCACCUCGUCUACAAACAAGCGUGGAGAAUAUACCUCUCAAUACCAUGUCGAACGGCCGUCCCUCCAUGUCUAGCAGACCUGGCAGCGCCGUGAGUGAGGCUUAUUCACUGCUCAGCGAGACGCCGAGAGGAAGGCUCGAGGGCGCUUUGUAUGAGCAGGAGGUGUCGCAUGACGAUGCUUGGUUUGGAUGUGCAGUUGAGUAA